CAUCUUCUCACGGGGGCCAUUUGUGUGCUGCCAAGUCGUUCAAUAUCUGCAUUAGAAAAAAAAGAAAUACAUUUAUUUUUCUGCAGUUCAUCUUUAUCGACACAAUUAUGUCAAUUUUGGCUGACGAUUCAUCUGAUGCUGGUAGCAUGCCUGGCCAAUCCAGACUGGAAAGUUAUCUCUUCAGUUGUGAAUUGUCGUCAGAAGUUCCGUUCUACACGUUUCAAGCAGAUGAAGAUGAGGAUCUAGAACAUUUCCUAGAGCUUCGAACGGUUUGUCUCGGAGAGGGUGCCAAGGAGGAGUAUAACGUAAUUGAGGUGACCGCUAUGAAUUAUCAAGGAAAGAAAACAUCUGUACCUGUUGCAUCUCUCCACAUCUCCCGCUUACCUAUGGUGAGCCUCGGUGGAUUUGAACUGAUGGCACCGGUCACUCUUCGUUUGAAGUCUGGCACCGGUCCUGUCACCAUUAGUGGCAUGCAUCUUGUUGCCUCAGAAAAUGAUGAGUCAGAUUUGUCUGAUGACGAAGAGGAACUUGAGGAAGAACUGGAGCCUAUCAAACCUGCCAAGAAGAAGCAGAAGUUAUGAGCAUACAAAACACAUACACUCCAUAUUAAAUUAAUCAUGGACUCCACCCCCCCCCCCCCCAAGGGAAUAUGUUUUAUAUUCAUUGUACACCACCAGCAGCAUUUGAAAAGGAAGGUGCAUCAAUGAUUAACUCUGGAUCAAUAUGAUGAGUGAUUCUUUUUUUUUUUUUUUUGUACAACUAGGCCCAAAUACAAGGGGUCUACAUACAAUGGCAAUGAUUAUGGACUUGUAAAUGAUGAGUGAAACUGUGAAAAGGACUGUCUUUUAGUAGUUUAGUUACUUGCAUGCGGUGUCAAAAGAAUUUUAUUUUGUGGUUUUACAAGCAGUACUAUUAUGUUAUCCUACUUUUUCACAUUUUUACUUUACAUGUACCCUUUAUCUAAUGCUUACGGAGUCCACAAAGGGCCAUGGUGGGAAUUAUUUUUUUAAAAGGUGGACUUUUAUUUUUAGAGCUUCUUUUUGCAGUCCCCUUGCAAUACUUUGUGUUCCUUCGAAAUAGUUCAGUGUUCCUUGACAGUACUUUUGACUUAGCAGGGGAACGCAAAACUAUUGUGAGCGAAUAAGAAUAAAUUCACUCAAUGUCCCUUUUGGGGCUCCAUAAAUGCAGAUCUGAAUACCUAUCCAACAUUUCUAUAUCAGAUUUCUCGUUGAGUGCCAGCAGACUUUUUAUUUCUUAUUCAAUCGAUGUGUUGCCCAAACAGAAAGAGGUUUGGUGCAUUACAUCUUCGUCCUGGCAGCUAGUUUCAAACCUGGUGUGUGGUGCAUGUUAAAUAUGUGUUCCUGAGUAAGCUUUGGUAAUGCAAUAUAGGGUUUAGGUUUGCUACAGUUACCAUUUUGUACAUUUUAAAACUGUAAUUAAAAUACCUUUUUAUGUACAAUAUAUAUAUAUAAAAAACA